AUGGGCCGCGAGACUUCCGCCGAGUUCAAGAAGGCGUUCGAGGACGUCAAGAAGCUCGCUGCCGAGCCUACCCAGAACGAGAAGCUUGACCUCUACGCCUACGCCAAGAUCGCUCAGGGGGAGGAUGUCGAGGCGAAGAGGAAGUCCCUCGGCAUGUUCGACAUCAAGGGCAAGACGAUGACGAACCACUGGCAGAAGAAGCUCGACGAGGGCGUCACCCCCGAGCAGGCCGACAAGGCGUACAUCGAGCUCGUCGCGCAGCUCCAGAAGACCUACGGCACGAAGUAA